AUGGAGCUCCACUUCCAACAACAACAACAUGUACUCAAAGUAUCCAAGACAAGCAAAUUCAAAGGUAGGAACAAGAACAACAACAACAACAACAACAAGCACAAGAACAAGAACAAGAACAAGUUUGUAGGUGUGAGACAAAGGCCAUCAGGGAGAUGGGUAGCAGAGAUUAAAGACACCACUCAAAAGAUUAGGAUGUGGUUAGGAACUUUCGAAACAGCUGAAGAAGCUGCAAGAGCUUAUGAUGAAGCCGCUUGUCUUCUUCGAGGAUCAAAUGCUCGAACAAACUUCAUAACUCAUCCAUCAUCUAACUCUCCUCUUGCUUCCCGUAUUCGAAACCUUCUUAUCAAUAAGAAGCUCAACAACAACAACAACACCAAUGACCACAUAUCAAUGGCAAUGGCAAUGACACCAUCUCCAAGUCCUCCUAACAAUGAUACAUCAUCAUCAUCAUCAUCAUCAUUAAGUUCUAGUCCUAGUGCAAGUAUUAGUGUUCAUGAAGAUGAUCAGGGGAAACAAGAGAGUUAUGAUACAGUACAGUUUGGAGAAUGUCAAGAUCAGUUUGAUGUUGGUUGUUGUUCUUCAUUGGACCUUUCAUGGUUGUAUGAUCCAGGGUUUGAGGGGUUUGAAGUGCAUAAGAAUUCAGUGGCUCAUCAAAGUGUUGAGAUGAUGAGUGAGUUUGAUAGGAUGAAAGUGGAGAGGCAAAUCUCAGCAUCACUUUAUGCCAUGAAUGGAGUUCAUGAGUACUUUGAGACUCUCACUGAUCCUUCUUCUGAUCACAUGUGGGAUCUCCCUCCUUUGUAUUUUUAUGGUCUUUAA